GUGAAAUCGAAAAUUACGGACAAAGCGAUCAAUGAUGAUAUCACCGUGUCUUUGGUUGAAUUCAUGGCGUUCGAGGGUUUUUGGCACAGGAAUACGGACCAGCAGUGCCACACUGAGUUCGCCGCGAUCCACGAGCAGCAGUUUUUUCAGAAGAUCGCUAUCAAGGACAUCGGUCGCAUCAGGAGGUCGAAGGGCGAGACCACGUCCCAUUCCACCCUCACCGUGGACGAGGAGAAGUCGGAGCUCGAUGCGGAGGUGAAGCGCAGGGGGGCCGCGAAGUCGAAGAAGGGGACUUCGGAGAGGGGCGGCAAGCAGAAGCUGUUCAACCCCAAGGCCGGGCUCAACAUUGACGACGCCACCAGGGAGCGCGUGUUGCCAGUGAAGGACGACAUCGGCAAGAUGGAGCCCGUCUUGUUCAUGGAGCUGAAGCGGCACUGGUCUGAGAUGGCUGCUCACGUGCACUCGGGUUUCAUGGCUACUGGGUCAGGUGUAGUGCACCAGCUCAGGCUCGGCGCCGACUGCAACAAGACUACGUUCGCUGAGGUCGUCGAGAGGCUCCACGGCAACAUGACCACCAUCGAGAACACGAAGAAGAAAGUGCACGCGCAGUUGGAUGGCCUCCGCUACCUCACCGAGAAGGGCGGCCACGGCAGGGCGAUCGAGUACAUGAGCCACUGCAACAAGCGCGUGAAGAUUCAGCGGAGGCUCAUGAAGGCCAGCUUCUCGAAGGAGUUCGCGGACAACGUCUCCAGGGCGCUCUACGCCCAGCGGGGCGAUGCAGAGUACAAGUCGCUGACGGCCGAGACCGAGAAGAGCAAGGGCGGAAAAGCUAAGAAGCCUCUGUUGUUCAAUGCGACCGUGGAGAAGAACUGCGGCUUCGACGCGGCGAAGGCCAUCUUGUGGGACGAUUCGGACUCAGCUGAGCUCAAGAUGAUCAACAGAAUGAUCGACGCCAACGUUGAUGCUAUCAACGCGAAGGUGGAGAUCCACACCAACAGCUUCACGACGAGGGGCCAGAACUGGCUGGGCUGCCAGGGCCGCGUCGCGGCCGACUGGGUGCAGACGGAGACCGAUUUCGGCAUCGACGACUUCGUGGACUUCUGCAAAGGUGGGUUCUCGCCGUGGCUGGUGUCGGUCAGAGUGGACGCGCCAAGGUGGGGGCCAUCUUCCAUGCCCCUCAUGGGGCUCGAGUGCACGAUCGUGGCGAUGAGCUCGGACCUCUACGCGAUGCUUCACCAGGCCAGCAGCGUCCUCUCGUGCGGGGUCUCGCUGAAAGACUACUUGAAGUUCAUGGAGACGGACGAAGCCCAGUGCAGCUUGAAAGAAUCGAUGCUCGUCCGUCUCCAG